UCGCACUCCUCUUUAGGUCCACGGCCCGGGCACUCUUCUUCCUCCUCAAGGCGGCAUCGGACACCGCCAGUCCGGCACGGCAGCGACACCACGGCUCCCCGCCGAUCCCCCACCCUCGCACCUGCAGCCUCCCCGCGGAGAUGGCCUCUAAGCUCCCGCUCUCUCUUCUCGCACUCCUCUUCCUCGUUUCUCUACCGCCGCUAUGCUCCUCGUGGCGACCGGCCGACGACGACGACGCGUCGGUGUCGAGGUCGGUCUUCCCCAUGGACGGCGACGUGGCGUGGGUGGUGCAGGUCAGCGACCUCCACAUCAGCGCGUACAGCACUGAGCGUGCCGCUGACCUCGCGCUGCUCGGCACCGCCCUGCGCGCCAUCCGGCCUCACCUUCUCCUCGUCACCGGUGACAUCACUGAUGCCAAGAAUCAGCAAAGAACUACUUCAAGACAAGAUGAAUACGAAUGGGUUACCUACAAGAAAACUAUUGAUGCAAUUGUUAGAAGAGGUGGUAUUGAUAAGAGCAGGAUAUUUGAUAUUAGAGGCAAUCAUGAUACGUAUGGAGUGCCAUAUAGAGGAGUAAAAUUGGACUUCUUCUCAACUUAUAGCAUUAACUCACAACUUAAGCGAUUAAGCACCAUCAGUAGUAUAUUGCUUCAGGGAGAUAGAAGAUACCAGUUUUUGGGUAUUGAUGAUACAAUGAGUGUGGGCAUCCGUUUUCCUGCAAAUCUUUUUGGUCAUCCAACUGAUAAAAGGAUAGAAGCAGUAAAUUCAGAGCUUCAAUACUGGACCAAUCAUUCCAAUGCUCCAGUUACAAAAGUUGUUUUCGGACAUUUCCCUAUGUCAUUCACUGCAUCAUCUGAAAAGGGCCAGCGAUAUGAAAGUGUGUUUGCAAGGCAGUCAAUUUCAGCAUACCUAUGUGGCCAUCUGCAUGCAAAAGUUAGUAAGCAGCUUUGGAGGCAUCAUGAAAUGAGAACAAUAGAAGGUCACAAGUCAAGCUUUUGGGAAUGGGAACUUGGAGACUGGAAGGACUACAGAUUGAUGAGGAUUUUAGCAAUAGAUGGUGGUGCAGUCUCCUUCAUAGAUCACACAUUGAAACAUGCACUCAAAACUUCCAUCUUGGUCACAUAUCCAACAGAUUCAAGAAGUAUGAAUAUGUUGGAAUCAGAAAAGGGGUCGAUGAGAAAUGAUAUAAAUGUCCUUGUUUUCUCUCAUCAAGUUAUCCGUAAUGUGAGUGCUAGAGUCUUUGACUCUCAUAGUGAGUUUAAGAUUGUUGAGGAGAUACCUCUGCAGCUUGUUGCCAGUUCUUCUGCUCACAGACCUUUGUUCCAUGCCAAAUGGAAUGCUGAAAAUUACAGAAGUCCAUCCCCUACUCGCUACUGGUUGCAGGUGUUUGUUCUUGAUUCUCAUGGUGUAAAGGUUUCAAGCGAGCAGAGGCCGUUUUCAGUUGAGGGUAAGAUGGCUAUUCCUACACGCCCCUGGCUCAACUAUCUGGUUUUUGAAGUCCAGUGGGAAGACAUGUACCAAGUCCUUUUGUGGAGUAAUAUGGGCUUCACCACUGUAUUGCUACUCACCCCCAAACUAUUGUAUCAUUUUGUUAGGAGAAGUUCAUCAUAUCAAAGGUGGGCUGUGUCUGUUCUGUCAUCCCCAAUCCAGCUGAGGAAAGCUUACUUUUGGUUGAUCUGGUUUUUAAUAGAGGGCACAAGAAGUAAGCCUUUCUGGCUUUGUCUAGUAAUAUAUGUUCUCUGGCUCAUCGAAAUGCCAUGGUUUUGGGGUUGCGCAACAUCUGAAGAUGGAGAAAUUGCUCAAAUGUACUUAUCUGGAUGGAGCAUGCCAUUUCAUGACGGGGGCUUCACAGGCAACAAACUGAGCAACCCAGAUGUGCUUGUCAUCACACUACCAUUCCUAUAUCUGGUGCUUGUCCCUGUAAUAGUCCUUAUAUAUGGCCUGUUUGCAGAAAAGGCUAUUGCGUAUUUGCGGCGCAGCAGAAGAAUAGAAUACUCUGCUGACUCAGCAAAUAUGCAUACUGAGUCGGCAUGCUUGCUGCCAGUUGCCCCAAGGGCUUUACUAAUGUCCGACAAUAUGGUGUCCAUGAUGAUCCAGUUUUGUGGUAGCUGGACAAGGAGGGCUCUUCUACUUGCAUGCUUGAUCACUGCAGCAAUACAUUUGAAGCUUUGUUCAAAGCUAAUGUCAGCUUAUGGAAUGGUACCAGUAGCCUUGUCUCCCCCGUUAACAUGGAUGCCACUGUUAUUAUUAGGUGUUGCUGCCUAUUGUACAAAGUUACAUGCAGAUUAACACCCAGCACUUUGCAUUCCUGAAGUGAACUUAUUUGCGUUUGGAAUACUUGCUGCUGCUGUAUGCUAAAUCCUGGUACGCGUUUCCCUUUAAUGGUUACUGUAUGGGUGCUAGUUUACCAAAGAAAAAGUAGUAACUGA